AUGUCUAAUUUAGAACAAGUUAAACAUGCGAUUGAAGUUCGUCCAACCAAGCCAUUUACGGAUCAAAAACCUGGCACAAGUGGCUUAAGAAAACCAACGAAAACGUUUAAAGAAAAUCAAUAUUUUGAAAAUUUUAUUCAAGCUUAUUUUGAUGAUUUAGCCGAAAGAAAUAAAGAUAAAUCACCAACGUUAAUAGUUGGAGGCGAUGGAAGACAUUUUGUACGUGAAGGUACAAGAAUUAUCAUUCAAAUGGCUGCUGCAAAUAAUAUUAAAAAAUUAAUAAUUGCACGUGAUGCCAUAAUGUCAACACCAUCUGUUUCAUGUGUUAUCCGAAAGUAUGGCACCGAUGGUGGAAUUGUUCUUACCGCAAGUCAUAAUCCAGGUGGUAUCAAUAAUGAUUAUGGCGUCAAAUUUAACAUUGCUAAUGGAGGUCCGGCUCCGGAAGCAGUAACGAACAGUGUUUAUGAUAAAACUCGUCAAUUGACAAAUAUUCGUCUUUGUCCAACAUUGAUAAACAUUGAUUUAUUAACACUUGGCAAACAUUCAUAUGAAAUUGAAGGUCGUUCAAUACCAUUCGAAAUUGAGAUCAUUGAUUCAGUUGAUGACUACGUACAAUUAAUGAAAUCAAUAUUUGACUUUGAUAAAAUUCGAAAUCUUCUCAAUGGAGACAAAGGAAAAUUUCCAAUUAUGAUUAAUGCAUUAUCAGGUGUUAUGGGUCCAUAUGUUUUACGAAUAUUUCACGAAGAAUUAAAUGCAAAAGAAGUGGUUACUGUUAAAAAUUGCGAGAAUUUAGAAGAUUUCGGUGGACAUCAUCCGGAUCCUAAUUUAACUUAUGCUCAUGAGCUAGUUGAAGACAUGCAAAAUGGAAAUUAUGAAUUUGGAGCUGCAUUUGAUGGAGAUGGAGAUCGGAACAUGAUUUUAGGCAAAGGUGGAUUUUUUGUUACACCAUGUGAUUCGUUGGCUGUUUUAGCUGCUAAUCUUGAUGUUAUUCCCUAUUUUCAAAAACAUGGUGUUUUUGGUUAUGCUAGAAGUAUGCCAACAUCUGGUGCAGUUGAUCGUGUGGCUGAAAAAUCUCAAAAAUUGAUCUAUGAAGUACCAACUGGUUGGAAAUUUUUUGGAAAUUUAAUGGACUCGAAAUUAAUUUCAAUUUGUGGCGAAGAAUCAUUUGGUACAGGAUCGGAUCAUAUUCGAGAAAAAGAUGGAAUGUGGGCUGUACUUUCAUGGUUAUCAGUUUUAGCUAAUAUUGAUCGAUCUGUUGAAAAAAUUCUACAAACACAUUGGCAUACGUAUGGGCGUAAUUUCUUUACACGUUAUGAUUAUGAAGAAAUCAAUGGUGCUGGUCCAUUUUCUAUGAUGAAACGUCUUGAAGACAUGUGUACGUCAAAGGAAUUAAUGAAUAAAACAUUUAAUACAAAUUAUGGAAAUAAACAAUAUACUGUUAAAAUCAUGGAUGAUUUUAGUUAUACAGAUCCAGUUGAUGGAAGCUAUACUGAAAAACAAGGAAUUCGGAUUAUAUUCACUGAUGGCUCACGCUUAGUUUUUCGUCUUAGUGGAACAGGUGCACGUGGUGCUACUGUUCGUCUUUACGUUGAUUCAUAUGAAAACGAUCCUGUAACUUACACUAAAGAUGCACAGGAAAUGCUUAAACCAUUGAUUUCAUUAGCACUUGAAAUCGCUCAAUUGAAAGAUUUCACCGGACGAGACAAACCAACCGUAAUUACCUAA